AUGGAUGUACCAGAGGGGAAUGGAAACCCUUUGGGCAAUGGACUCGGUCGAGCUAGGCAAACUCGACCGAUUGGUCAAGGAGAUGCUCCAAACCGCCACCAACAGAGACAAGGGAUUGUUCCACCACCAGUGCAGAACCACAACUUUGAGAUCAAGCUGGGAAUGAUCAACCUUGUCCAGAACAAGAUGUUCCAUGGAUUGCCAAGUGAAGACCCCAUUGACCACCUUGAUGAGUUUGAUAGGCUUUGUGAUUUGACAAAGAUCAAUGGUGUCUCUGAAGAUGCCAUCAAGCUGAGACUCUUUCCUAUGUCUCUAGCUGACAAAGCUCACCAAUGGGAGAAGAGCUUGCCCCAUGGCACAAUCACCACUUGGGAUGAAUGCAAGAAGGCCUUUCUUGCUAAGUUUUUCUCCACCGGUCGCACAGCCAAGCUUAGAGGAGAGAUAUCCAGCUUCAUCCAGCGAAACAAUGAGACAUUCGCAGAGGCUUGGGAGAGGUUCAAAGGCUACACAAGUCAGUGCCCACACCAUGGAUUCAACAAUGAAUCACUACUCUCCACUCUUUAUAGAGGAUGCUUGCCUAGGUAUAGGGAGAUGCUAGACACAGCUAGCAAUGGGAACUUCCUCAACCAGGAUGUAGAUGAUGGCUGGCAACUUGUGGAGAACAUAGCUAACUCAAAUGGAAGCUAUGGAGAAGAGUAUGAUCGCACCAACCGGAGCUCGACCCACCACUCGAUCGAGUCAGACGAAAAGUUGAGAAAAGAUGUUAAGGCAUUGAAUGAGAAGUUGGAUAAGCUGAUCCUAGCUCAGUCCACAAUGAAGAAAGUCAACUUUGUGUCUGCUGAGGAGAUGGAACCAGUCCAAGAAGGGGAGGAUACACAAUUUGCUGAGGUGUGCUACAUGAGCAAUGGGCAAGGAGGUUACAACAAAGGAUACUAUAACUACAAGUCCAACCCUGCCAUGUCAUACCGCAACACUGAUGUUGCUAACCCUCAGGACCAAGUAUAUCCUCAACAACAAGCAGCUCGAUCGAGUCAGGUGCCACAACAUGGGUAUGGUCAAAAGAACAAUUACCAAGGACCACAAGGCACUUUCCCUGGACAACAAAUGAAUAUCCCACCAGGCUUCCCCCACCAACCGCCCCAGCCUGCACCUUCACAAGAGAAUGAGCUCAAGGCAAUGCUAAAGCAACUACUUCAAGGGCAAGCUGAUGGGGUAGUGGACACAAGCAAGAAGCUAGCUGAAAUAAACUCUAAGAUCGAGAACCUCAACACAAGGGUUUACUCUCUGGAGAAUCAUGCUUCUUCUGUUGCUGCUGCUACAAAGCAAGGACAACUACCUGGUAAAGCUAUUCAGAACCCCAAGGAACAGUGCAAGGUCAUCUUCACUCAAGAAGGACUUGUUGAAGAAGAGGAUCAAGAAAGGGUCAUUGAAGAUUUUUGUUUACUGCUGAAUGAUGAAGAGAUUGUUGCUGCUGAGGCUCCUGGAGUCCAGAUUGAUCAACCAGAAGUGCAUGCACCUACUGUGGCCAUUCACACUUCACCAGUUGAGCUCGCACGACAAGCUCGAUCGGCAGCUCGAUCGAGUCCAACUCUAGCUCGAUCGAGUCCGACCUCUUCUGUCCGACAGCCUGUUUUGCUUGAUCCUUAUCAACCGGUUGCCGCUUCCUCGUCUCGCCUACUUAGUCAAGGUCACAAGGAAGUGAUUCACAAGUUCAGAAGAGAUCUCAGUGGGAUUGGAAUUGAGUUGCCUCCUAUGGAUAGCAUGAGUGAGGCAUUUGAUCAAAUGCAAAUGGUCAAGGAUGUUCUAGCCAACAGUGAUAAAGUUUCAGAGGUCCUACAAGAGUCUACUCAUCAGUUCAGCUCCUUUGAGACUUGA